UUUAACAACAAAAAAAUAUUGUCUUUUAAGGCUUUGUUUUCCCUACCACCAUUCAAAGUUGCUGUACAGAGAAAAAUAAAAAGAGAGGAAAAAUACCACACUAGAAUGAUAUGAGAGUUAAAUGGCAGAGACUGCAGUAUUGUUUGCCCUAGGGGAAGUGUUCAAAUUCCUAAAAGAAGAAACAAAUCUUCUGAGAGGUGUACACAGAGAUUUUUCAGAUAUCAAAGAUGAACUUGAGAUCAUUCUAGUCUUCCUCAAAGAUGCAGACAGAAGGGCUGCGGAUGAAGCAGACAUCAACGAUGGAAUAAGAACUUGGGUGAAGCAGCUGAGAGAAGCAUCAUUUCGCAUUGAAGAUGUCAUUGAUGAAUACCUUCGACUAAUGCAUAGGGCCAAUCCUCCUGGAUGCAGAUCUUUAUGCAUGACUCCAAGGUUAAUCAAAACUUUGAUUCCCCGUCACAAAAUUGCAUCAGAGAUUCAAGACAUCAAGCUGACAACUCACGGAAUCAAGAAAAGAAGCGAGAGGUAUAACUUUCAAAUUUCAAAUGAACAAGGAUCCUCAAGCAGCAGCAACAGCAGUCCUGGAGAGGCAGAAAAUGGAAGAUGGCACGACCCUCGACUGUCUUCCCUUUUCAUUGAAGAAACAGAAAUUGUAGGAUUUGAAGGCCCAAGAGAAGAAAUAUAUGGUUGGUUAUUGGAGGGUGCAGCUGAGCGCACAGUCAUAUCAGUGGUAGGAAUGGGGGGUCUAGGAAAAACCACUCUUGCCAAGCUAGUUUUUGAAAGCCAAAAGGUAACAGCAAACUUUGAUUGUUAUGCUUGCGUCACAGUUUCUCAAUCAUACACUGUGAGAGGUUUGUUGAUAAACAUGAUGGAGCAAUUUUGUCGGGGAACUGAAGACCCUCUUCCACAGAUGUUGCACAAAAAGGAUGACCAGUCACUGAUUGAAGAAGUGAGGCAAUACCUCCAACAUAAGAGGUACUUGAUAUUCUUUGAUGAUGUUUGGCAAGAAGAUUUUUCCGACCAGAUUGAAUUUGCCAUGCCUAAUAACAAUAAAGGUAGUAGGAUCAUAAUCACUACUAGAAUGAUGCAUGUUGCAGAAUUUUUCAAGAAAUCCUUUCUAACUCAUAUUCAUAACCUGCAACUUUUGCCUCCAAACAAAGCAUGGGAACUCUUCUGUAAGAAAGUAUUUAGAUUUGAACCUGGUGGGCAUUGUCCACCAGAGCUUAAGGCUGUGUCAAAAGAAAUUGUUCAAAAAUGCAAGCAGCUACCUCUGGCAAUUGUAGCCAUUGGUGGUCUACUUUCAACAAAAUCUAAAACAAUGAUUGAAUGGCAAAACGUGAGUGAAAAUAUGAGACUGGAAUUGGGACGUAAUGCCCAUUUAACUAGUCUAACAAAGAUUUUAUCUCUCAGUUAUGACAGCCUGCCGUACUAUUUAAAACCAUGCAUUUUGUAUUUUGGUAUAUAUCCAGAGGAUUACUCCAUUAAUCAUAGGAGACUAACUAGGCAAUGGAUAGCUGAGGGGUUUGUCAAAUCUGAUGAGAGAAGAACUUUGGAGCAAGUGGCUGAGGAAUACUUGUCAGAAUUGAUUCACAGAAGUCUGAUUCAGGUCUCAAAUGUUGGCUUUGAAGGGAAAGUUAAAACAUGUCAAGUCCAUGAUUUAUUGCGGGAAGUUAUCAUUAGAAAAAUGAAGAAUUUAAGUUUCUGUCAUUUUGUGCAUGAAGGUGAUUCAGUUGCAGUUGGAAUAACUAGACGCUUAUCAAUUGCUUCUAAUUCCAACAAUGCGUUGCAGAGAACAAACAAUUCACAUUUUCGUGCUAUUCAUGUUUUUGGAAAAGGUGGAUUGCUGGAGCCUUUCAUUGGUAAAUUAUGUUCACACUCUAGGAUAUUGAAGGUACUUGACAUUCAGGGUACGUCUUUGAAUCAUAUUCCUAAAAAUUUGGGGAAUCUUUUUCACUUAAGGUACUUAAACCUAAGGAAUACAAAAGUAAAGGUUCUUCCUAAAUCUAUUGGUGAAUUACAGAACUUAGAGACAUUGGACUUAAGAGAAACACAUGUUCAUGAGAUGCCAGGUGAAAUAAACAAGCUCACAAAGCUACGACACCUUCUUGCUUUCCAUCGUAACUAUGAUGCAAAGUAUUCUGUUUUGGGCUUUACAACUGGUGUGCGGAUGGUUAAAGGUAUUAAAAACUUGACUUCCCUUCAAAAACUUUGUUAUGUGGAGGUAGAUCAUGGGGGAGUAGAUCUUAUUGAAGAGAUGGAAAUGUUAAGGCAAUUAUGGAAGUUAGGUUUAAGGCAUGUAAAAAGAGAACAUGGGAAUGCCUUAAGUGCAGCAGUAGAAAAGAUGCAGCACCUUGAAUCACUUAAUAUCACUGCAAUAUGCGAGGAUGAAAUUAUUGACUUGAACUUUGUGUCAACCCCACCAAAACUUAGGCGGCUUCAUUUGAAAGCUAGACUACAGAAGUUGCCUAAUUGGGUUUCCAAACUUGAGGGUCUUGUUGAGAUAAAGCUGGCUUUAUCCAAGCUGAAAGAUGAUCCAAUGCAGUCACUGAAAAACUUGCCAAAUUUGCUGAAGCUCUCUGUUGGGCAUAAUACCUACGAGGGUGAAAUUUUCCAUUUUGAAAAUGAAGGGUUUCAAAAAUUGAAAGAACUGGUUCUCCGUCACGUGAAUAGACUAAAUUUGAUCCUUAUAGAGAAAGGAGCUUUGAUUUCUCUUGAGCAUAUAAUAUUGGAAAAGAUCCCUCAACUGAAGGAGAUACCCUCUGGCUGCAAACACUUGGAUAAACUCAAAGUCAUUGACUUAUCUGAUAUGUCAGAUGAAUUUGUUAACAGCAUUGAACCAGACAAAGGACACAGCUACUGGAUUAUCAAGCAUGUUCCUCGUGUUUUCUUUCGUCAAUGGUUUGGCCCAAAAUACUAUGAUUAUGAGAUUCGCACCAUAAACUCGUCCUCCAAGGAGUCCUGAGCAAUUGAGAAUGCUAUGGUGUCUAGCAAGCUUCAAAACAAGAAGAAAUUCAGGUUCUCCAUGAUACAACUCAAAGAUGUCGUAUUUUGUUCUUCUUUCCUUCUAUGAUUCUUCAAUUCAAAAUCAAACAUUUCCUCCUCAUCAUGCACAAAUCAAGGAAAAUAUGGAUUCCAUUCGCUACGUGACUUUGGCUUUUCUGUUUUAUUUGUCAUUUGGUGUUUUAUAAUUUGGUUCUGGAAGCUUUGAUUCAAAACCUUGUAACCAAGACCUAUAUCUGGACUCCAUUCAGACAAUCAGACGUCUUUUGACAUUACUUUCCUACUUUUUCCAUUUCUAGAGUUUAAGAUUGGUGGGAGCUUUCCUUCAACCCUUGUAAUAAUAAUAAUCAAAACCACUUCAUAUGAAUGAAUAUUUUUAUUUUGCUAA